GGGUUUGAACGGAUCAUUUACUUUUUAGACUGACAAACAAACUGAUUCUGUUUUAGUACAACAGUAAAAUAAACAUAAAAACCUGUGUUAUUAAAUCAAUGUGCCGUUAAUUACUGAACGUUUUCCCGGGUGUGGUAUUCUAGUGUAGGCUCUUCGGAGAAAGGGGUUUUGCUGUGCAGUUGUUGGAAUUUUCAAAGAUUGACUCCGUGUGGGGUUGGGCUUCGCCCCCUCUGCGUUUGCAGUUGGGCAACACGCGCGGACCCAAGAGGAUGGGGGAGGGCGGGUCCCCGGGCGGCGGCGCGCGGCUGUCGCACACGUCGGAGAAGCACCCGCGCGCCAUCCUCGGGGAGCUCUCAGCGCUGCGCCGCCACCGGGAGCUCUGCGAUGUGGUGCUCAACGUCCACAACAGGAAGCUGUUCGCUCAUCGGGUCAUUCUCUCAGCAUGCAGUCCAUACUUCCGAGCGAUGUUCACGGGAGAGCUGGCUGAGUCCAGGGCGACUGAGGUGACCAUUCGGGACGUGGAUGAACAAGCCAUGGAACAACUGGUGGAAUUCUGUUACACAGCUCACAUCGUCGUUGAAGAGAGCAAUGUGCAGGCGCUGCUGCCGGCCGCGUGCCUGCUGCAGCUGCAGGAGAUCCAGGACGUGUGCUGCGAGUUCCUCAAGCGGCAACUGGACUGCUCCAACUGCCUCGGCAUCAGGGCCUUCGCCGACACGCACUCCUGUCGGGAACUCCUCAGGAUAGCCGACAAAUUCACACAGCAAAACUUCCCCGAAGUGAUGGAGAGCGAGGAGUUCCUGCUGCUGCCCGCGGCGCAGCUCAUCGACAUCGUGUCCUCGGACGAGCUCAACGUGCGCUCCGAGGAGCAGACCUUCCAGGCGGUCAUGUCCUGGGUCAAGUACAACGUGGCCGAGAGGCGGCAGCAUCUCGCACAGGUGCUGCAGCACGUGCGCCUGCCGCUGCUGAGCCCCAAGUUCCUGGUGGGCACGGUGUCGGCGGAGCUGCUGGUGCGCGCGGACGACGCGUGCCGCGACCUGCUGGACGAGGCCAAGAACUACCUGCUGCUGCCGCAGGAGCGCCCGCUCAUGCAGGGGCCGCGCACGCGCCCGCGCAAGCCCACCCGCAGAGGCGAGGUGCUAUUCGCAGUGGGCGGCUGGUGUUCCGGCGACGCCAUCGCGUCCGUGGAGCGCUUCGACCCGCAGACGUCGGAGUGGAAGAUGGUGGCGCCCAUGUCCAAGCGGCGGUGCGGCGUCGGGGUGGCGGUGCUGCACGACCUGCUGUACGCCGUGGGGGGGCACGACGGCCAGAGCUACCUCAACAGCAUCGAGAGAUACGACCCCCAGACCAACCAGUGGUGCGGCGCGGUGGCGCCGACGUCUUCAUGCCGCACGUCCGUCGGCGUUGCCGUGCUGGACGGAGCCUUGUACGCGGUGGGCGGGCAAGAUGGCGUGCAGUGCCUCAACCACGUGGAGCGGUACGACCCCAAGGAGAACCGCUGGACCAAGGUGGCAGCCAUGACGACGCGGCGGCUGGGCGUGGCCGUGGCCGUGCUGGGCGGCCAGCUGUACGCCGUGGGGGGCUCCGACGGCCAGGCGCCGCUCAACACGGUGGAGCGCUACGACCCGCGCAGCAACAAGUGGGCGCCCGUAGCGCCCAUGUCCACGCGCCGCAAACACUUGGGCUGCGCGGUCUACGACGGGCAGAUCUACGCCGUGGGCGGCAGGGACGAUUGCACGGAGCUGUCUUCUGCGGAGAGAUACGAGCCGAGCACGGACUCGUGGUCGCCGGUGGUGGCGAUGACGUCGCGGCGGUCGGGCGUGGGGCUCGCCGUGGUCAACGGGCAGCUCUACGCCGUGGGCGGCUUCGACGGCACCGCCUAUUUGAAGUCCAUUGAGGUGUUCGACCCGGAAUCGAACCAGUGGCGGCUGUGCGGCGCCAUGAACUACCGGCGGCUGGGCGGCGGCGUGGGCGUCAUGCGGGCGCCCGACCACGACCACCACUACAUCUGGAACCGCAAAGAUUCGGUGGUCUGACUGCACGCCUCCCUGUACAUUUCCCCCUCCACUCUCUCAAGAUAAGUCGUUACUCAUUUUAUUUUAUUGUUAAUAAAUAUAUAAUUGACUAUUUAUAAAUAAAUGAAAUACAAAUUUUAGGAUAUAAUA